CCCCGGCGGGGCCGCGGCUCGGGCGGGGCGGGGCAGCGCAGGGCGGCCCGGGAGGGCCCGGCGGCGGCCUCCGCGCCAUGUCCGCGGCCAGCGAGGCCGGAGCCCGCUUCCCCCUGCACCUCCUGGUCUGGAACAACGACUACCGGCAGCUGGAGAAGGAGCUGCGGGGCCAGAACGUGGAGGCGGUGGACCCUCGGGGCCGGACCUUACUGCAUCUUGCUGUCUCUUUGGGACAUUUGGAAUCUGCUCGAGUCUUGCUCCGACAUAAAGCAGACGUCACCAAAGAAAACCGCGAGGGAUGGACAGUGUUGCACGAGGCCGUGAGCACCGGCGACCCCGAGAUGGUGUACGUGGUGCUGCAGCACCGGGACUACCACAACACCUCCAUGGCCCUGGAGGGUGUUCCCGAGCUGCUCCAGAAAAUCCUGGAGGCUCCGGAUUUCUAUGUGCAGAUGAAAUGGGAAUUCACCAGCUGGGUGCCCUUGGUUUCCAGAAUUUGCCCGAAUGAUGUCUGUCGCAUCUGGAAGAGUGGUGCCAAAUUGCGCGUUGACAUCACCUUGCUGGGAUUUGAGAAUAUGAGCUGGAUAAGAGGAAGGCGCAGUUUCAUAUUUAAGGGAGAAGACAACUGGGCCGAGUUGAUGGAAGUCAACCACGACGACAAGGUGGUGACCACGGAGCGCUUCGACCUGUCCCAGGAGAUGGAGCGCCUCAGCCUGGACCUGAUGAAGCCCAAGAACAGGGAGGUGGAGCGGCGGCUCACGAGCCCGGUCAUCAACACCAGCCUGGACACGAAGAACAUCGCUUUCGAAAGAACUAAAUCCGGAUUCUGGGGCUGGAGGACAGAUAAAGCAGAAGUUGUUAAUGGUUACGAAGCAAAGGUCUACACCGUCAACAACGUGAGCGUGAUCACCAAGAUCCGGACAGAGCAUCUGACGGAGGAGGAAAAGAAGAGAUACAAAGCCGACAGGAACCCCCUGGAAUCUUUGCUGGGGACUGUGGAACAUCAGUUUGGUGCUCAAGGGGACCUCACCACCGAAUGCGCCACCGCCAACAACCCCACAGCCAUCACGCCUGAUGAGUACUUCAACCAAGACUUUGAUCUGAAGGACAGGGACAUUGGAAGGCCCAAAGAGCUGACCAUCAGAACGCAAAAGUUCAAGGCGACGCUGUGGAUGUGCGAGGAGUUCCCGCUGUCCCUUGUGGAGCAGGUCAUCCCCAUCAUCGACCUCAUGGCCCGCACCAGCGCCCACUUCGCCAGGCUGAGAGACUUCAUCAAGCUGGAGUUCCCGCCCGGGUUUCCCGUCAAAAUAGAAAUCCCCUUGUUUCAUGUCUUAAACGCCCGGAUCACAUUUGGGAACGUAAAUGGCUGCAGUACGGCGGAAGAAACAGUGACUCUGAAUGCGGAGGGGACCCAGGCAGAUUCAGCUUCCCAGGUUACGAGUUUUGAGGUGGAUCAAUCUGUGUUUGAGAUUCCGGAAUCGUACCACGUGCAGGACCACGGCAGGAACGUGCACCUGCAGGAUGAGGACUACGAGAUCAUGCAGUUCGCCAUCCAGCAGAGCUUGCUCGAGUCCAGCCGGAGCCAGGACCUCUCAGGACCAGCUUCCAACGGAGGGAUGAGCCAGACGCAGGCCUAUGAUGACGAUCAGUACGAGAGGGCCAUCCAGGAGAGCCUGCUCAGCAGCUCCGAGGGCCUGUGCCCGGGAGUCUCGAGCGAGACCAGCCGCUUCGACAGCGACCUGCAGCUGGCCAUGGAGCUCUCGGCCAAGGAGCUGGCGGAGCAGGAGCUGCGGCUGCGCGAGGAGGAGGCGGAGCUCCAGCAGGUCCUGCAGCUGUCCCUCACCGAGAAGUAGACCUCGGGGACCCACGGGCUGUGCCGGGCCCCACGCCAGGGCCCCGGGGCCAGGGCGCUGCAGACGGCACGCCGCCCCUCUGGAGGUGUGGGAUCAGGACCCCCGGGCCCCGCCGUGGUGCUCCCUGGCGGAGGGGCCGGGGACUGGCAGGCCCCCUCCAGGCUUGGGGAGGGGCGGCGUCACUGUCCAUUAGCUGCACUGGCUCUCGCAGGGCACGUCCUUACUGUCAGCUUGACAAGCCCCCGUCCCGCUGGGUUAGGGUGAAUUCUUACCGAGCAGGGAUGAAACAGAGUCAGGUGCUUUUUCUUUCUUUUUUUUUUUUCUUUCUUUUUUUUUUUUUUUACCCAAGAGCAAGCAGCCUUUCUAGAAUGUGGCGCAGGAGAAUUUAUGAGAAUUUCUUUACAGUUCACCAAAGAAGUGGAUAAUCUCUGCCGAUCUCUUUUUAUUUUUACCUUUCUACGGCAUUUCUAGAACACUGUCACUGUUCCUCCCAUCUCCUUUCACGCCCCGUCCCCCUCGCCAGUGUGGCAGAGGAGAUAGGUGCAGGAUCUGUUGUCCAUGAAGCUUGACUGUUUCCAUCAGGUUAAGAAGUGCAGAUGACCCCGGGUGUUGCCUUAACCUUAAAGGUCGCUGAUGGUCCCAGGCCACCCCAGCCCCCCCACCCCCAGCACGGAGGGGUGGGGUUUGUGUUCGGAAAGGCAGCACGGUCCAGACGAAAUCCAAGGCAGCUAAUCUGGCCCUGGAGGGAGCAGCCUGGGGCCCAUUCUUGGGGUGGGCGGGCCGGCCCCCCAAGAGAUGGCGUUGGAACAGCGCAGACCCAAACCCUGUUUCACUCCCGCCGCCUUCCCCCUGCGGGGCCGUCCGUCCGGCAGGGGCGGGGUGGGGCGGGGCGGUGCUCGGGCUCAGGGGGCAGCAGGGGACUCGGUGGCCCUGAGUUCAGAAGGGGAAUCUGAGGCUUUCACAUUGCUUUCUAGAGUUCAGAUCAACAUCUUUCUGGAUAAAUCUAUUUUUUAACAGAAUCUUUUUAUUAUUUUUAAAAAGAUAGGGAAAAAUAAAAAAACCGACUACUCCCAUCAGUAGCAAUACAAGGUUAUACAUUGUAACCAGACUUUCUCAGGCCUUUUUUGGAUACCUUUAGUAGUUAACUAUUUUGUCUAACCCUCCUGUAAAUAACCAUCACCCGUCAUCCAGGCCCCGGGCCCCGCCUCUCUGCACAGGCUGCAUGGAAACAUCCCGGUCAGCAUUCCCACCCCGGCCUCGGUGCCCGAUUUCUCUCCGCCAGGCUGCUCUCGGGGUGGAAAGAGAACCAUCCGGCCCGACCCGGUCCGGUCCUUGUCUCUCUCGUAGACACUUAGCGUUGCCCGUAACAUGUUCCCGGUCGUGAAGACAUGUGCUUUGGAUUCCACACAACCAGCUGCCUUUGCUGUCGUGCUCUGACCAAAUCCCUCCUCUGCACAGAGGCCAGUGUGCCCGCCCCCCAUCAUCUUUGUUUUCAGAAACACCCGCCUGGCGUUGCGUUGACUUGGCAUUUCCCCUGGAAGCGAGGAGCCCGGGGCUUCUCCUCGCAGGCAGGAAGGCGGCUAGUAGGUCCUUUCUGUUCGCAUUCCACUGCUCUGCGUCCUCCCCGGGGAGUCGGCCCGGUCCACACACAGCCGCCUUCUCCCCAGGCGCGCCUGCUCUUACAAUGCAAAUAAAGACGGCUUUCUUAGAGGGUGCUC